GCGAAGCUUUGCAUUUUGGGCAUCUACGAGUUUUUGAGCUUCCUAAUCCAAAUGUUUGCACCUGCACUCCUCCACACUUCUCAAAUACACUCUCCCUUCUCUCUCUUCCCCGGUCUAUCAAGCUUUCUUUCUCCUCUCUCUCUCUUUCCCAACCCAUCAAAGCAAAAGGUAAAAUUGGGGCCAAUUCUCAUAGACCCAACGGUCUUCUGCAACAACCCCACCAUUUCCCAAUCCACUGUAGAAGAACUCAUUUCUCACACUGGUUAUGAAGACUACCCAUAUGCUUGGUCUAGUGGGUACAAUUGUGCAGACCCCAGUUUACUACUUCCCAAUAAUCUUGCCUAUAUGCUUCAAUCAUGUGUGGAUUCUAGAGAAGGGAAACUAAUUCACUCUCUGAUACUGAAACACAUAAGAAAACCGGUUGUUUUCAUUGAUAACAAUCUCAUUAACAUGUAUAUGAAGUUUGGUGAAUUCGAAAUAGCUCAGAAAGUGUUUGAUAGGAUGCCCGAAAGAAACAUUGUAUCAUGGACUUCUCUUCUUAAUGGGUACUUGAAAAUUGGGUUUCAUUAUGAGGCUAUAUGCUUAUUCUGUGAUUUAGCCAGAGAAAAUGUUCGACCCAACAGCCACACUUAUGUAUGUCUCUUGAAUUUGUGUGGGAAAAAGCUCCAUUUCAAACUUGGUUUGCAGAUUCAUGCUUGUAUAUUAAAAGGAAAUUUAUGUAAUUUAAUUGUAGAUAGUGCAUUGGUGUAUUUCUAUUCUCAGUGUGGGGAUUUAAUGGGAGCUUUCCAAGUUUUUGAUAGAAUGCCCCAAAAAGAUUCAAUUUCUUGGACCACCAUGAUAAGUGCUUACACUAAUCAAGGUUAUGGGAAGGAUGCAUUGUAUGUAUUUUCUCAGAUGCAAUUAUUUGGGUUUCGACCCAAUGAGUUCACUAUUUCAUGUGCUCUGAAGGCUUGUGGACAAGAGGAGGCACUGAAUAAUGGGAAACAGCUCCAUGCUUAUAUAAUUAAGAGAGUUUUCAAGGAUGAUGUCUUUGUAGGGAGCUCCCUUGUAUACAUGUAUUCAAAAUGUGGUCGAGUUUCAGAGGCUAGACAUGUAUUCAAUGGAAUGCCAAGGAGGAAUACUGUUACUUGGACUUCAAUGGUGGCUGGUUAUGCUCAAAAUGGUUUUGGCAAGGAGGCUAUAAGCUUAUUUCGAAAGAUGAGGAGCCGGAGAGUGAUUGCUAAUGAUCUCACUGUAGUAUGCAUUCUAAGUGCAUGUGGGUUAGUUGAGUCAUUAGAUAACGGGAAAGAGAUUCAUGGGCAAAUCCUAAAGAAAUUUAGAGAAAGAAAUAUAUACAUAGAUAGCACCUUAGUUUGGUUUUAUUGCAGAUGUGGGGAAUAUGAAUAUGCUUCAAAGGUGCUAAAAGACAUGCCUUUUAGGGAUGUAGUGUCAUGGACUUCAAUUAUAUCAGGGUGUGCUCUUCUUGGGUAUGGCUCAGAAGCUCUGAAGUUUCUUAAUGAUAUGUUAUGGGAAGGAAUUGAGCCUAACCAGUUCACUUUUUCAUCAGCCAUUAAAGCUUGUGCUAAGCUCCAAGCAUUGAGACAUGGUAAAAAACUCCAUGCUUAUGCAAAUAAGACCCAUGCUUUAUCAAAUGUCUAUGUAGGGAGUGCACUCAUAGGCAUGUAUGCCAAAUGCGGAUCCAUGGUUGAUGCACGUAGGAUUUUUGACAUGAUGGAGGAGAGGAAUGUUGUUUCUUGGAAAGUCAUGAUGAUGGGAUAUGCUAGAAAUGGGCUAUUCAAGGAAGCCAUGAAGCUUUUGUAUAGAAUGAAAGAAGAGGGAGUAGAAGUGGAUGAAUUUGUCAUGACCACUGUUCUUAAUGCUUGUGGGGAAGCUCAAAGUGAAAGGGAAAGUGUACCUUCAUAAGAUAUUCGUGAGAAAGUCUAUACUGUGUAGUGUACAUGGCAUGCAGCUGGGGCAUCUGCAGACCAUUCUAUCAUAUCAAUGUGGAAAUCUACAGUAUCAAUAUACGGCUAUGCAUGGUAUGGUUCCCAAUCUCUUAUAAUAUAAGUGUAUCCAUUCUUCAAAAUGGUGUUGAUGAUAUUUUGCUGGAUGGUGGCUCCAAAAAGUUCAGCUGAGAGGAUCAGCGUGCCAUAUGGAUGCGAUUUCAGGCAUCAGAAGUUUCUCUUGUUAGUGAAGAUUUAUUAUACUCAUAUUCAAACAUUUCGAUGAGAGAAAGCUUUAUUUAAUUAUUUGUGAGAUUGAUCUAAAGUCAAGUUACCGAUCGAAAGAAGAUUUAUUUGAUUUCUACAGAGGAAAAAUAUAUGACCCUUUGGUCUUUUGAUCCCUGCAAAGGUAUAUAUGUUUUAUUUUUUCUUCUAA